GUUCAUAAGACAUGUCUCGCUGAAUUCAAUUUCAUGUCUUCACUCCAUCAAACUACCAAAAACUGAAAAUUUUCAGACACCAUGUGACCAUGUCCCAAAGAAAAGAAACCCAUAUCAUCACUCUCUUUUGAAUCCUUCAUCUUCAUCCUUCUUCUCUCUGAAUCACCCACCCCUCCUUCCUCUUUGCAAUUGAUUCUCCUUUUUACUCCGCGAAUAUGGCAAAGGGGGAGAGUCUGAAUCACAAUUCAUCCAAAAUCCACCCCGCCAGUGAUCCCAGCACCGAUUCCUCCUAUUCACUUGAGAAAUUUCGCCUAUAUGAAACUCAAGCGAGGUUUUAUCUGAUUGGAAGCGAUAGGAAUAAGCAAUUUUUCAGAGUGCUGAAGAUCGAUAGGAUGGAGCCUUCAGAACUGAAUAUUAGUGAAGAUCCAGUGGUGUACCCUGUUCAGGAAGUGAAGAGCUUGCUGCAAAGGAUUGAUGAGGGCAAUCGAGCCACUGGAGGAUUGACUUUGGGGGUCAAAGUUUAUGGCAUUGUUGGUUGUAUUAAAUUCUUGGAGUCAUAUUAUCUUGUAUUGGUGACAAAGCGGCGUCAGAUUGGUAGUUUAUGUGGUCAUGCCAUUUAUACUAUAGAUGAGAGCCAAAUCAUCACAAUUCCACAUGUUUCUGUUCAGACUGAUCUUGCUCAUUCAAAAACUGAGCUGCGGUACAAAAAGCUUUUAUCCAGUGUUGACUUGACUAAAGAUUUUUUCUAUAGUCAUACAUAUCCUAUAAUGCGUAGCUUGCAAAAGAAUGUCUUGUCAAUGAGUGAGGAAGGGAUGCCGUAUGACAACAUUUUUGUUUGGAAUGCGUAUCUAACAGAAACAAUUAGAUCAAGAUGUAAGAACACUAUGUGGACAAUUGCUUUGGUUCAUGGACACUUUAGGCAGGUCAGACUAUCAAUAUUUGGAAGAGAGUUUAGUGUUUCCUUGAUCUCAAGACGUUCACGACAUUUUGCUGGGACACGCUACUUGAAAAGGGGAGUUAAUGAUCAUGGAAGAGUGGCAAAUGAUGUUGAAACAGAGCAAAUUGUCCUCGAUGAAAAAGCUGGGUCAUGCAAAGGAAGAAUGAGUUCUGUUGUGCAAAUGAGGGGUUCAAUUCCUCUUUUCUGGUCACAAGAAGCUUCAAGAUUUAGUCCAAAACCAGAUAUAAUCUUACAAAGAUAUGAUCCAACUUAUGAGGCAACAAAGAUGCAUUUUGAAGACCUGGCAAGGAGAUAUGGAAACCCCAUCAUUGUACUUAAUCUGAUAAAGACUGUAGAGAAAAGGCCACGAGAAAUGAUGCUGAGGCGUGAGUUUGCAAAUGCAGUUGGAUAUUUGAACCAAAUUUUUUCUGGAGAACAUCAGCUGAAAUUCAUACACUGGGACUUCCACAAGUUUGCAAAAAGCAAAUCUGCAAAUGUGUUGGCAGUUUUGGGUGGUGUGGCAAGUGAAGCCCUUGAUUUAACAGGAUUUUACUGUAGUGGAAAGCCUUUUCUUGUCAGAAAGCGAGCUACUCAAAUCAGUAGGACAAGUACUGCGAGGGACUCUUCUAUAAGAGAUUUGAGAGCUAGUUCAGGGGACCUAUCUAGGAUUGGUAGUGCUAACGAUGUUCUUAAUUCCUUAAGCAAACAAGAUAGAGAGAUGGAUAGUAAUCUGCAGGUUGGCAAAGAUAAUAGCACUAAUGUUGCACCGCAAUUUCAAAGUGGAGUGCUCCGCACAAAUUGCAUUGAUUGCUUGGACCGAACAAAUGUUGCCCAAUAUGCUUAUGGUCUUGAAGCUUUGGGUCGUCAACUACAUGCAAUGGGAUUGACUGAUAAGCCCAAAGUGGAUGCCGAUAGUAGCAUUGCUGCUGCUCUCAUGGAUAUGUACCAGAGUAUGGGUGAUGCCCUAGCUCAACAGUAUGGCGGCUCUGCAGCUCACAACACUGUCUUUCCUGAAAGGCAGGGCAAGUGGAAAGCUACGACCCAGUCAAGGGAAUUUCUGAAGUCUAUCAAACGCUACUAUAGUAAUGCAUAUACUGAUGGUGAAAAACAAGAUGCUAUUAAUCUAUUUUUGGGUUAUUUCCAACCUCAGGAGGGGAAACCUGCACUUUGGGAGUUGGAUUCCGAUUAUUAUCUUCACGUUUCUGGUAUUGGAGAUGACAUUGUUCCAGAGAAAUGUUCUUCAGUUGAAGGAAGGCCUUUAGGACAGGGGGCUACUCUGGCUCCUAUUCCAGCUUGCAGGGAGGACUUCUCACGAAUCAAAUUUACUUCUUUUGAUAAACUGAUGGGAAGAACUUGCAGUUAUAUCAGAAAUGUCCGGCUUUGCAGUGAAACUGAGCAAAAGUCUGGAAAUUCUGGAGUUGCUCCUGAUGCGGCUGAGAUACAGCUUAAGAGCCCAAAUUGGCUUUUUGGACAAAGGAAGUAUGAAGAUGGUAACACUGCAACCAAGUUGGGCUCGAACGAAUUUCCUAAUGGUGGGUCCCAAGAUUUGAGGAGAAUCGAUGGCUUAGGUGAUCUUAGCUGGCUCUCUAGCAUUACUGACACCAGUGACGAGGACACCUUCCAAAGAUACUUGGACAUGACCACCGUAAACGAGGCAAAUGGCUGGUAUGGUGGUACGUUGCUUGGUGAUCAAGAUGAAACCAGUGAAAUCUACAGGAAUUAUGCUGAACUUAUCCAGGGUCCUGCGAUGGAACCAUUUGGUAAUGACUUAGAGAAGGAGAAAUACUACGCCAACCUUUUAAGCAAGGGCUCAAUCGAUGCCAUGGAUGAUGCAGCUAUUGAAUCAGAGAUGGAAUCUGAGCUGAGUGGCUAUGACAAGAUCGGCAAUGAUCUCGGGAUUUUCCCCGACUCGUGUAGAACUUUGGCUGGUGAUCCAAGCCAGUUGACUAGAUGGUUGAUUGGGGAAGAUAGGCUACCCAAAGCUUGAAGUUACACCCACUCCUCCACUCCUGCUUUGCUUUGCUUUGUGCCACUACUACUCUUUAUCAUAUCUGAUCUGAUCUCGAAUUAUACUCCUAUAUCUGAUCUCGAGAUCUCUUAUAAAGAAUUAUACUCCUAAGCCAUUUAUGAUAUCUGAUAUCGAGACCUCUUAUAAAGAAUUAUACACCUAAGCCAUCGAGGCCCGAGGAAAAGGGUGAGUAGAUGACUGUUUGAGCAGCAAGUUUUACUGCUGAUAAGCAUGCUGCUUAGAGUUAGUUGUAUUGAGUGUUGUAGAGGUAAUGUGAUAGACUCCUUGUAUGAUUAUAUGUAUGAUGUAUUCUUGACUCACAAGACUGAAUAUUCAAGUGAAAAUUAGUAUAUUGUUAUUGCCUUAUUCUUCCUGA